AUGUCAGCCAAGAAGGCCGAACUGAAGAAAACUAACCUGAAAAAGAACAAGGCCGUUUGCAUGGAACUGAAGCCAGAGCUGACACGAAUGUAUGAUUUCAAAGGAUUUAAACAAGAAGGGCUAUUCAUCAGAAAAGGGAUGACGCAGGGGCUAAAGAACGAACUCAGGGAGGUGAGAGAAGAACUUACAGAAAAAAUGGAAGAGAUAAAACAGAUAAAGGAUAUAAUGGACAAAGAUUUUGAUAAACUUCAUGAGUUUGUGGAAAUUAUGAAGGAGAUGCAGCAGCAUAUGGACGAAAAGAUGGAUGUUUUAAUUAAUAUUCAGAAGAACGACAAGCUUCCCUUUCAAAACCAACCAAAGGAGCAGCAGAAAUUCGGACUGAUAGGAAAGACGGACAAAGGCUCCCAGGUUGUGGUCAUGGAAGAUCCCGAUGGAGUACCAUUGGAUAGUGACAAGAUGGUGGUGCCACCAAAACCAAUUCCACUGGAAUCCCUCCAUUCAUGUCAGAGUUGCUGCCAGGAGACCUUCACACCAUGCCUGGGCGCCUUUAUCACACUUGUCGCCUGGAGCUGCUUUCUGAUUUAUCUGUUCUUCAAACUCGACGAGAUGGAGCAUGUGCUUCCAACCUAGCACAGCCGUGGAGCCCGCCGGCAGCACUGAUGCAUCAUCUCCUGACUCCCGUGUGCUGCACAGCGGAUAUCUGCCUCUUAUACACCCGCCAAC